CUGCAUUUAAUUAACGGCCAUUAAAUUAACACAAAUUUUGAAAAACUGUGUUAAUUUCAUGACUCUUUAAUUUCAUGCAAUAAGAUAAUCUGUUGCUAUAUGUUUUUUUCUAAUUAUUAGCAUAUUACGAAUAUGACCCAGAUGCAGAGUCCCGGUGAUUUAAAUAUUGAGAAUAUCCUUAAUAAAGCAAGAGAUUAUGGUUCGAAAGAAACAUUUGGAAAAGCCUGCUCUUAUUACCUGUUUUUGUUUCACCAUGAACCAAACUGUUGCAAUUCUCUAAAGGAUGAAUUUUUGUUUGUGUUCACAAAAUGGUUUGAAAAACUUCUCUUAACAUGCAGUGUAGAAGAUUUGUCUUCCUUUUUACAAACUGUCCUCGAAACCUGCCAAUGUAUCAAAACUGACAUUGUAUUAAUAGCGUCUGAAUUGUUGUUUCAAUCGGAAUAUACGUUGGAAGCAUCAAAAUUGCUUGUAUCCUGCAAAUCUGUUGAAGAUGUCAACUACACUUUGGAGGAGCAUGUUGAGCAAUUGCACAACUUUCUGAUUGACCGAUGGCAUUUUAGAAUGUUAAAUGAUAAAAAACGAAAUCUGUCAUAUAGCGUAGCAAUAAAAAGAGCUUUCCAUGAAGGUUACAACAAGAUUCUUGAUGUUGGUUCUGGCACAGGGAUAUUAAGCUUAUUGGCCACAACAAGUGGUUUUCAAAAAGUUUAUUCCUGUGAAACAUCAAAUGUUAUGUGUGAUAUUCAACAAAAGAUUUUAACUGCAAAUUCUGGUAAUGCUGUUAAGUUAAUAACAAAAAUGUCUUCAGAUUUGAUAGUUGGUCAAGAUAUCAGUGAAAGAGUACCACUGAUUGUUACAGAAAUUUUUGAUUGUGGUUUGCUGGGUGAAGGAAUUAUUCCAACAAUCAUAAACGCAUGGGAAGAUCUUCUGGAGCUAGAUACUGGGAAGGUGAUACCGCAAUCAGCAGUUGUUUAUGGUGUAUGUAUAGAAUGUGAAGAGCUCAGAAAACACUCUUUUUACGAAAUGCGAAAAAAUAUCUUCCUUUAUGGCUCUAAAGAUCCUGGUGAUGUGAAUGAACAGCCAUAUACAACCGAACAUAUGAAGAGAAUUAAGGGAGGAUUUAAAGAACUAUCGAAACCAUUUGUUGUCAAAAGUUUCGAUUUUAAUGAUCCUAAGAGUCUUCAAGAUGCCUUAAACAAAACUACUAAACUUGAUGUUCCAAUUUUGACUGAAGGCACUGUUGAUGCUAUUAUGGUAUACUUUGUUCUUCAUCUUGACGACUCUAUACGACUCAACUCCAGUCCGAAUUCGGAUAGCUGUUGGGAGCAAGCAGUGUAUGCUGUUCAUCGUAUGAAGACUGUGAAUGCAGGCACUCAAAUUCAACUUGAAGUCACUUGUUUAAAAGAAUUUUUAUUAGUAGAAGUUGCUGAAGCUGUUAACAUUAAGAAUUCUAGCUGUAACUGUGCUGCGUCUGGGGAAGAUACAACCAAUGUCACGGGCAGUGUGGAUCAUUCCCAACGUUAUGCGUCCCCCUGUGAAUGUUUGAAAAUACACCGAAUAGAUCGCCGCUUGGUAGCCAGGUUGAAUGAUGCAAUGUAUAUAAAUAGAUAUACUCAAGUGAUAUCACAAACAAUAGAACGACUGAAACUAAGAAAAGCUAAAUUGGACGUUUGUUUGAUAUGUUGUGAAGUUUCCUUGUUUCCGUUUAUUGUCAGUGAGAUGGGUUGCCAUAAUUUGUAUCUGCUUGAACCUUCGCAAACGUUGUUGGAGAUUUUGCUUCAGGAAUACAAAUCACUGUUCAAAAAAGUUCAAGUAUUGUCCAGACCAUUAGUGGAUGACCUCUCUUGUAGUUCAAUCAAAUUUGACUUGGUCAUAUCGGAACCUGUUGAUUACAAUGGUUUAUUAAAAGAACAUUUCAUUGAGGACCUGACCACGAUAAAGUCGUUGUGCUGUGUCGAGGAGACUGUUUAUAUUCCCGAAAAAGUAGACAUAUCUGCUAUGUGUAUAUCGUCCGAACAGCUGUUGAAAGAAAAUAGAGUAAUCGAUCAAAAUGUUACCUUAGGGUUGAAAAUUGAUGAAUUUAUCAACAAAUUCAAGGUUUCUACCCAUCCAGAUGUUGAUGCUAGCUCGUUACAACAUCAAGCUCUUUCUGACUCAUUUACUUGCGGUUGCAUAGAUAUUAAAACACCUCUACAGUCAACUCAGGAUCUCGAUUCAUUCAAUUUUACGCAAGUUAAUUCCAAGGUUACCAUAACAACGAGCGGUAAACUGACAGGUCUUGUUGUGUGGCAUGAUCUACAUCUUUCUGAAAUCGUAAGCAUCUCUACGUCACCUUCGGAUAAGACACAUUGGAAUCAGUCGUGUGUAAUUUUUUCCGAACAAAACAUUGUUUCAGCUAAUGACUGUCUUGCUGUCAUGACAACGAGAAACAAAAGCAACUUACAUUUUUCUUAUUCGCGCUGACAGCUACUUCCAACCUGUUUUUUUAAAUAACAUGCUUUUGAAGUUUGUAAUAAGUCAUGUCAGAACAAAAUUUGACCAUGAAUAUUAAA